AUAUAAACCUUGAGUUCUCUAGGGUUCUCUGUUUGGUAGGACCGACCUGAGAGAGUUAUAAAUAGACCAGGAAGAUUGAAACCCACAGGCAGGUAAACAAAUUACAGCCAUGUUGGAAAACUUACUUCUCAAUAAAACGUAUACAGCUUCCUAAGCUUUCCCAAUGGACCCACACUUUAGUGCUCAAGAUGUCCUGCGCUGUGACCUGUGUGAGACUCCUGUUCCUCCAAUGUACUGUGACUUUUGUCACGUCAAACUCUGUAAGGCCUGUGUAGGAGAGCAUUUAUCUGAUUUAUCUAAAGAACAUAAAGUGGUGCCAUUCAAACAAAGGGGAACUACACCCAAAUAUCCCAAAUGUCCAACCCAUGUUGGAAAACUGUGUGAACUUCACUGUAAGGAAUGUGACCUUCCUGUUUGUUUACUCUGUCUUUCAUCCAACUUCCACAAAGGACAUAAUUUAUUGAAUUUACUGGAGGUAAAUAAAUCCAAACAAGAGGCCAUAGAAAAAGAUGUUGAUGAAUUAUUAAAUUCAAUAUGCCCUAAAUAUGAAGAAAUUUCAGCAGAGAUACAGAGAGAAAAAACAGGCCUGGAAAAACAUUAUGAGAAACUGACAACAGCUGUCACCAAACAAGGAGAAGACUGGCACAGAGAAAUUAACAUCAUUGUCAACAAACAGAAAUCUGAAAUUGAUGAGAUGAAAACUAAUCACCUGGCUGUUCUAAAUAAACAGGAAAAGGAAAUCAAAAAGAUUACUUCUGAUAUAAAACAGUGCAUUGUUGAUCUGAAAAAAAUACUGGACACCAAUGAUGUCUCCCUAACCACUGCAUACAAAUCAAGGAAUGCUGAGUUUAGAAGUUUACCCCCUAAAGUCAAUGUUUCAUUACCAAAUCUCUCUCCUCAUCAGAUCAACACAGAACAGUUCCAUCAAAUGUUUGGUUCUCUGUCAGCAUUAUCCAUCACAACAGAAGAACAUGGCUACACAAUGAAGACACCAGAAGCUGUAUCCUGUCCUCCAGUCAAACCACUGCUUGAUGAACCAGAGCUCAUCACCAUCAUAGACACUGGACUACUUUACAAUGUUACCUGUCUCAGUGAUGAAGAAAUCUGGACACGUGGACAUGACAAAAUCAUGAAACUCUUCAACCUCCAGGGUAAACUACUGAAGUCAAUCCAAACCAAGUCAGGGAAAAUACCACAGGAUAUAGCAGUGACAAGGAGUGGAGAUCUAGUUUAUACUGACCCUGAUACAAGAACUGUAAACAUAGUGAAGAAUGAGCAGAUACAGGAAGUGAUCAGACUACAGGGGUGGAUACCACACAAUGUCUGUAGUACCUCCUCUGGUGAACUCCUGGUAACCAUGGUCAGUGAUGAUAAUAAACAAUCAAAAGUUGUCUGUUACUCUGGCUCCACAGAGAAACAAACCAUUCAGUUUGAUAGUGACAGUAAACCUCUGUAUUCAGCUGGUAUUCUUAAAUACAUCAGUGAGAACAGGAACCUGGAUAUCUGUGUGGCUGACUUUGAAGCUAAUGCAGUAGUGGUGGUUAAUCAGGCAGGAAAACUCCGAUUUAGAUACUCUGGUCAUCCCACUUCGAACAUGGGAUCAUUCAAUCCCGUUGGCAUCACAACAGACAGCCAGAGUCACAUCCUGACAGCAGACAAUAUCAACGACUGUAUCCACAUCCUAGAUCAGGACGGACAGUUCCUCCGUUACAUUGAUAACUGUGAUCUACAGCAUCCAUGGGGUUUAUGUGUAGACACCAGAGACAACCUCUUUGUGGCUGAGUGUGACAGUGGUAAAGUGAAGAAAAUCAAAUACAUGUAAAGAA